CUACUUUUGUCACUGAAAGUUCUUCACAAUCUGUUCAUCUGCUCGGUGACCAGACCCAAAAGGCGCCUCCAUUCCAUGCAGCAAGACCUGCUGUGUGUUUCCCUCACUCGGUGAUUAAACCGAGCGGGUUCCCAUGGAGAUCCUCCGAGCUGUCACAGACCAACCCCUAAAUCUCCACCAGAAGCAAGAGUUUUUGUGUGCGGGUGACACUUCCUUUCAAACGAGCACAGUUUAAACGCUGAUUUAUGCGCCUCUGUAGUGCUUCAAAAGGGUCAGUGCAGGAACACGUUCAAAUGGUGAAAACAACUUCACCCAACAGAUGCCACAUUACUGACACAGUGACUCUGGAGCAAUAACUUUAAUCCGCAUACCAUCGUUUUACAUUUCAUUGACUCUGCAAGACGUGCAGAUUUGAAGACACUUGCUUACUUUGAGAAUUUGAUGCAAUUAGGGCUUUGUGGCGUAUCUCACGUCCCACUUUUUUGCUGGUUGACUCCACAAGUGACAUCUGGGCUUAAUUAGUCCCUCCUGCACUACUUUCAGUAGGCGUUUCUCUUCCCUAAAGCACCAAUCAGAGAGUAAUCAUUGGCCUGGCACUCCACCCCCCAUUGCAUUCACUCCGUCAAGGCUUUUUUUUUCUGUCUGUGAAGUAUUCUCCUUCCUUUUUUUCCCCCCAUUCCCACUGCUCUUCCCCCUGAGCACCAUCCAGACGCACUGGUGUGUGACAAGAACAGCUAUGCAGACAGUAAAGCAGCAUUCAACCACAUCCUGACGGCAGCCCUGGGCACCCCGAACGCUCUUUCUACAGCCUCCAGAAGUGGGGUAUACCUUCAGAAAGAAGACUUAAGGGACCUGCUUUUAGCCAGAAUCAAGGGAUGUCACAGGCAGCCACCAAAUGAGAGAUACUGAAGCGAACCAGAGCAACAAAAGGAUACUGCAAGUGACCAAAGAGUUGGCAAGAAUCAGACAGACUUUAACUGCUCGUCUCGACUCGUUUGAUUCAUUCUGAGCCAGGUGGAUUUCUUUGCACGUUCUUGAGGGAAUUGCAGGUGGCUUCCUGACUGGAGAACUUCAUUGAACUCAGUCUAUUUCUACACUAAAGCAAAAGUUUAAAAAGGACAAUUAUGGCCAACUCUGGGUUUCAGCUUCUGGGCUAUUUUCUCGCUCUGGGUGGAUGGAUUGGCAUCAUCUCCACUACGGUGCUGCCCCAAUGGAAGCAGUCCUCGUACGCAGGGGACGCCAUCAUCAUGGCUGUGGGCUUGUACGAAGGCCUGUGGAUGUCCUGUGCAUCUCAGAGCACGGGCCAGGUGCAGUGCAAGAUCUUUGACUCCUUGCUCUCACUGGAUGUCCACAUUCAGACGUGUCGAGCUCUGAUGGUGAUCUCAGUGCUGAUGGGAUUCAUCGCUAUCAUUGUGAGUGUGGUCGGGAUGAAAUGCACGAAGGUGGGCGACAACAACCCAUCCACCAAGAGCAAGAUCGCCAUCUCUGGUGGGAGUCUGUUCCUGCUCUCAGGUCUGUGUACACUGGUGGCUGUGUCCUGGUACGCAACACAGGUGUCCUACCAUUUCUUCGAUCCAAAUACACCAAUUAAUGCCAGGUACGAGUUUGGCCCCGCCCUCUUUGUAGGGUGGGCGGCUGCCAUCUUGAUGAUGUUGGGCGGCUCAUUCCUCUGCUGCUCCUGCGUUAACGAGGACAGAAGAGGACAGCAGUUCUACCGGCAAUCUCAACCCUCUACAGCCAGGGAAGCAAAUGUUAAAAGUUCUCCACCAGAGAAAGGGGAGCAGUACUUGUAGUUUGGGAGAGGGCGACAUCGUGGGUCACAAGCUGUUAGAUUUUGGCAACAGACAAGACACUCUCUUUCGGUAAAAAAGCGAAGAACUCCAUUAAAAACUGUAAAGAAAUUAUUUUAGUCAAAAUUAGAAAUCCAACUGACAUGUUUCCCUGUAAUACAGACAAUGCAGAGGUUCAUUAAGCCAAGAUAUGCAUUUCCAAACAACAUGACUUUGUACUGUAGCAUAAAAAUAAAUGUCAGAAAUUUGAUCACCGCAUAUAUAUAUCGCAUAGUGUUUGACAAAUGUGUCAAUAUUUGUUACAGUUGGACUUUGUUAUACUUGCCGAAAAACUAUAUCACUCAUCUGGAGAGCAUUGAUUCAGGGUACAUUAUAAUGCAUUUAAAUAAAAUUAUGCAAAUCUUCAACAUGUGCAGUGUAAUAUACUUUGAGCUAUAACUGUGUUUUGACUCACAAAUGUCUUUUAGUUUGCUAAUAGUUUUUAUUCUAUCUUGGCGUAUGUGAGAUGAAUCUUUUACCCGUGGUAAAAUCAAUUGUUUUUUUUUUUCUUUUUCUUUUUUGUUCAUAAAAUGUAUAGUACAUAAACUAUGAGGGGGAUGUCGCUUUUGAUCUAGUUUUAAAAGAGACCCACAUGCGACUCAGAUACAAUUAAAUCUCUUCGAAACUCUCUAGUGCACUUAUGAUUUGUCUCGGUGAAUUGUAUUCAGCCUGCAUUGAAAGGCACUAUUUAUCACAAAUAAUGUCUUUAAAGUGGUCGCAGAGUCUGUAGGUUGUCAUUAGAAAUAUUUGAGUUCACGUUCCACCGGUUAUGUUACCUAAUAUUGAAGUAUGUAUCAUCUCAUAUGUUGUAUCAAGCUUUCUGUUUAUCUGUUUAAAAAUAAAAUAAACUAUACAAAGA